AAAAACGUCCCUUCCGCUAAAGUUGGCACAACAAUAUGAUAUUGCAAACUUCAUCUUCUUUAUGUUACAUCACCAAAAUUUUAUUUUUUCAAUUAUAACAGACAGACAAUGAGGAUUUUUUUAAAUCUUAAAUUCGGUUUAACAUUUGAUUUAAAAAGCAAAUAAUCCAUUAUAAUAUCAUAUGCGAUCUUAGAUGUCUUAAUAGGGAGAUAUAUCGCUAAGAGUAACUCUUAAAAACACAAGUGGGAUGCGUGUAUUUGCUGCGCAGCAGCUCCAGACUGUGAACAGGGUGUACCUCUGUGUGCUUAAUGGGUGGAGCAGAAGAGCUCCUCCAAAAUAACACAGUCAACAGAGGCCAGCGUUAUCAGCAGCAGCGGCGGCGGCGGGCAGCAGCAGAAGCUACCUCCCUCCAGGACUUGGGGACCUGAAAACAUCAGUGUCCGUUAUUUCAAGCCAAGUGACCAGAAUUGGCUGCAAACAUUCACGACGAUGAGUCAGGCAGAGCAGGUGCCUGAGGACAUGCCUGCAUACCACAACGAUGAGACAGGAGCUGCAGAAAAUAACAAAGAUCAUCCCGAGGCACAACCUGGAAUGUUCGGCAGGUUGGCGGGGGGGUUGUACGGAGUCACAAAAGGGGCUUUAGGAGCCACGGUGGGCGGGGUGACCUGGAUCGGAGGAAAGAGUCUGGACCUCACCAAGACUGCCGUCAGCACUGUAGUUGCCGUGCCCGUCAUGGGAGCAGGGCUGGUGAAAGGGGGAGUGUGUGCCGUGGCUGGGGGCGUCACCGCCGUCGGCGCCGCAGUGGUCAGCAAAGUGCCCAUAGGGGGAGGUAAAAAGAAGGACAAAGCCGACUGAAGAGGCGUGGAGCAGAGAAAAGUCAAACCAGCCGAGCUGUUUGGCUCAGACUGUAGUGGAGCGCCUUCCUGUUUCCAUCUGGGGAAAAAAGAGCAGCAGACUCACAGCUCUGUGCAUAUCUUUAGGUUUUUUUUGGAGGGGAACGAUCCCCGCCCUGCCUCAGUUUCUUUUUCUGUUACAAUUACAAGUUUAUGCUCACUGAUUGGUGUAUGCACAAGUAUGUGUUUAGAGUUUAUAAAGCAGCUGCAGAAGAAGAAAAAACCUACAGAGGAAAACUGCACAGAAGCUAAACUGUUUGUGGAAAACAAUCACCGAGUAUGGAUGCACAAAAAGGAGGUGUUGGGAUUUAAAACAUUAAGGUUCUCUUUGAAUUCCACAGUUUAAUUUCACAUCUCAUUUGUUCAGUGAGCAGAUGUGGUAUUCUAGAGGUGUUGCUGGAUUUCAUUUGAUCUUUUUUCCCCCUUCUACUUCCCUCUCUGUGUCACACCUCUUGUAUUUAUGUUGUCAGCUGUAUGAAUGGUAACUCCUGCUUUUGAUAAGGUUUUUACUGCAGUAAAUAUUGUGUCACAGUAAGUAUGAAAAGGCUCCCUUAUUUUUAUACAUGACCUUUUCUUUAUAUGUGUCCUUGAAAACAAAAAUAAAUAAAAAAUAUUUGCAAAUAA